UCAUUAUCACAACUCGAGUCCUACUUAACACACAAGUGUUUAAGAUAGAAUAAUACAGAUACAUCACUUUAGAGGAAAGAAGAGCAUAUUGAACACAAGUGGUCAAUAAGAAUUAAUCAGAAAUACAAACAUAUUCACUGAUUUAUAAACAUCGUCAGCUUCGAAUAUCGAAUACAGAAGCAGUAUGGAGAUGAAAGUCGUAACACUUGGCUUGCUAGCUAUGUUAGCAUCUUGUUUCUCAGCUCCAACUGGUGGUGAUGAUGUAACAGUCGGAUUUGUCGAUUACCUAACCCGAAACGGAUAUUAUCAAGCUCCGGACGGAUCAAUAGGAGCUCUGGACAGUGAAAAAAUAUUACAAAACUCCAUCAUGUCUCUACAAGACUUUGCUGGAAUACCAGCGACAGGAAAAUUUGACGCAGAGACUAAAAAACUUGUUCAAACACCCCGCUGUGGAAUGCCGGAUAUUUCAAAAACGUUAAAAACGAAAAGAAAAAGAAGGUUCACAUUGCAAGGCUCCAGGUGGUCAAAGAAUAAAUUAACUUGGAAAUUAGAAAACGACAACAAUGAUGGGCUUACACGGGCACAAGUGGAAGCAACCUUACAUAAGGCUUUUGGAAAAUGGCAGGCUAUCACAAAUAUGAAAUUUACAAUGCUUCAUCAUCAGUCUACUGAAAUCCCAGAUAUUGUAGUAAAAUUUGUGAUACGUUACCAUAAGGACCCUUACCCGUUUGAUGGAACUGGUGGCACCCUUGCUCACGCCUUUUAUCCUCACAACAACAGGGGUUUGUCCGGUGAUGUCCACUUUGAUGACGACGAGCAAUUCACCCUUGGGAAGAAUGGUCGCAAUCUUUUAUGGGUUGCUGUACACGAAAUUGGACACAGCAUUGGUCUGGAACAUUCAUCUGUUAAGUCUGCUGUCAUGUACCCUUGGUAUAAAAGCUUUGAUGGAGAUGAUUUUGACUUAAACUAUGAUGACAUUGUAGGAGCCCAGCAUUUAUACGGAUCGAAAUCUGAGCCAAGACCAACUGAACCUUCUGCCACUGCAAAGUCAACUCGCUCAACGACUACCACUACCACAAAAGAAGUACAAUAUGCUGGGUGCACCGGUGUUUUUAAGGCUGUGUUUUUAGACAAACAAAGUGGGAAGACAUACAUUAUCAAUAAUGAUAAAGUCUUCAUUCUUAGCAAGUCGUUGAAAUUGGAAAAAGGACCAGUUAGUUUAAAUACACUCUUUCCUGGGCUGGACCGAAUCGAUGCUGUAUACCGAAAGAACUCAAAUCUGAUUUUCUUCAAAGACACAAAAUACUACAUUUACGAAAGUGUCUCCAAUCCAAGAAGAAUCGAAAGCGGUUCCAUCUAUGAUAAAUUUAGUGGUUUACCAAGAACCGUAAAAAAAAUUGAUGCAGCUUUCAUUUGGUCAGGCAAUGGACGAACCUACUUUUUCUCUGGUAAAGAUUACUACCGUUUUAAUGAGAAAACUGGUAGAAUGGAUUUGAACUACCCUAAAGCUAUUACAGGUGCAUGGAAGAAUGUCCCCUCACAUGUUGAUUCUGUGUUUGAAUGGAGUAAUGGUGUUACAUAUUUUUUUAAAGGAUCAAAUUAUUAUCGUUUGAAUAAUCAAUAUGUCAAAGUGGAAACCAAUUACCCAAGAUCAAUUGCUGCGGUUUGGACUAAAUGCGGUGCGCCUUUGGUGGGUGAAGCAAGCAGUGGGAACUUAAUCACGUCAAACAUUUCAUUGUUCAUUUUUACUCUAAUUCCUAUUUUGCUUGCAAAAUUAAUGCAUUAAGUGUAUUAGAAAUCCACUGAUCGAAUUAUUAAAAUUAUACUUUUUAAUAUUCAUUAACGACUAAUUUCAUUUUAAAAAAUCUAUUUCCUUCGACAUAUUUCGUAGAAAAGCAAUUUAUAUACACUGUUACCAAUUAAACUGAUGUCUCUUGAUAAUUAAUUUUAAUUUUUUAAGGAUUGAUAUUAUUGUAAAAUUAAUUUAGGAUAUUGAAUUAACUUAAUUUAUUGAAAAUUUUACAUUUUGUAAAUAGUGUUAUUGUGUUUUAUUUAUUUUAUAAGCGCGUCCUAUGUAUUUUUUAUGAAAAUAUAUUUUCAUAAUUAAAGAAGA